CCUUGCUUGUUGCGAGUCCCAUACUGAGAAGUGCUUCUGGUGUUGGUGGUGUCGGUUGUCCAGAGGGAGGUUCACGUCUUUAGAAUUCAAAUUAAAUGAAUGAUUUAAUGCAUUUUUUUAAGCCUCAACAAUUGGAAGAUCACCAGUUGGGUGAGUGAGUUUUUCAAGAAAAUUCGGCUUAGAUUCUCUGAGACUGCAAGAUAGUCCUGUUGAGAUCAGGCUGACUGACCACCUGGUUGUUUCAAUUAAGUAGAGGGGAACCGGCAGAAAGAGACCCUAAAGGUUCCCUUCUAAACUAGCCAAUGUGGAAAAUAAAAGAAAGCAACUGAAGACGAAGAAGGGAAGCUGGCGACUAACUGAAAGCUUCAUUUGCUGGGAGUCGGGGUCUUUGUAAGACAAAAAGACAGAAAGUACUGACUGACCACUGGGCCCUCUGCAGAAUCGCCCCCAAGAAGAAAGGCUGUGUUUGUGACACAACCCCUUCUGGUUUCCAAGACGUCUCAGAAGCGCUACUGAGAGGAAGGGACUUACUAACGGAAGCUGCAUCUUCUGCUUGGAAGACUUGAAAGGGUGGUUAUUGAACUCUCGCUUAGUAAGUCGAACUCGCUUGCUACAUACUUUAAAGAAACAGAAAACGGCAAUGGCUAAAAAGCAGAAUCAAAAAGACCCCACUGGAGUUGUGUUUGACACACGGUCCAAAGCUGUGAUGGCCCAGGGCGGAUCUAAUGACAAGAUAAAGGAAAAGAUUACUGCUGUUCGUGCAAUAGUUCCCAACAGGAGUAACAAUGAGAUCAUUCUGGUAUUGCAACAUUAUGACAAUUGUGUAGACAAAGCUGUGCAAGCUUUUAUGGAAGGUUAUGCUACAGAAGUUUUAAAAGAAUGGAAUGUAACGGGGAAAAAGAAGAACAAAAAGAAGAAGAAAAUUAAACCAAAGCCAAAAGUCGAAGCAGAACCAGAACAACUGCAGCCAGAAAAAAAUGCAGCUAGUGGUGGUGAAUUAUCUGCAGCUUCUUCGGAGAAGGAGGAAAUAAAUGGUUAUCACAUCAAUGGAUCUGUGAAUGAAGAUGGGUCAGUGGAUUCUCUCAGUGAGCACCUGGAGACUUUCUCAGUGGAUGCCCAAGAGCUGGACGAUUCUGAAUCAUUGACUCCUGAAAUUAAUGGUAUAAUAGAAUCUGCAGUAGAGAAUGAAAAGUGUAAAGCAGAAUCAAAGUUCCAACCUAAUCAACAGUCCCACAGAUCUAGAAUGCAGCAACAGAGCAAUGCAGCCAAAUCCAGAUCGCAUGUUUCUUCAGGAUCACUGUCCUCUGGCUCCCUCCCCGUAGUCAUGCCAGAUGACAGUGGAUUUGUUCCACCUAAAAAUAAAAAAAUAGGUACAAAUAUAGAAAAGUCAGCAAAAGACCUACAGCGAUGCACUGUAUCCCUAGCCAGAUAUCGGACAGUUAUUAAAGAGGAAAUAGAUGUUUCUAUAAAGAAAAUGAAAGUGGCAUUUGCUGAAAUACAGAACUGUUUUAUGGACAGAGAGGUGGCACUUCUUGGGGAAAUGGAUAAAGUCAAAGCGGCAGCACUUGAAAUCCUGGACAGCCGCCAGAAGAGAGCUGAAGCAUUAAAGAGACUGACUGACAAUGCAGUCCGCAUGUCGGAGGAGCAACUAGUGGAGCUCAGAGCUGAUAUUAAGCACUUCGUUAGUGAACGAAAAUACGAUGAAGACCUGGGCCGCUGUGCACAGUUCACCUGUGAUGUGGAAGAACUGAAAGCAAGUAUCCAAGCCUUUGGACAAGUGUCUCAUCCCAAGAACAAUUACUCUGCCAGAUCAAGAUGUGGCUCUGUGUCAUCUGUGCCUGUAACAAAUCAAAGUGGUGCAUCAGCUACAACUAACUGUUCAGCAAACCCUACUUUUACUAAAACAGCAAAAAACAACCAGUCGUCAGGAGAUGGUUCAGGGGAUGGUUCCACUGCUGCAACAAACUAUGGAAACCAAUUUUUCCCAUCAAAUCGAUCGGUGCCUCUUGGAAACAGGAGAUCAGGUUACCGAUCUAGAGAGAAUGGGAUAAGUGGCCAAAGCCACAAUGGAAGAAAUGAUAAUAAGAAACGGUACCGUAAUGGACCCAGGAAUUAUUCCAAGACUCACUACAAUCCUCAUCCCACACGUCAGAGCUUUAAUACUGAGAAGACCCAAGUGGAUUCUACUGCUCCAAAUGGCACAGUUAUGGCUUCUGCCUCCAGGCAGCCCUCUUUACCUCCUGCUCCUGCCAAUGCCCUCCCUCAACGUAGGCCAAGAUCAAGUGGAAAUGAAGCUCCUGCGAACUCAUGAAGAAUUCUGAUAUCUAGUAACAAAUCACCAUCCAGAUAGAUGUGAUUAAACCCCAAAAAUGAGUUUACAUUCACCUUGUGUUUGCCACUUUUGAAUUUAUCUUGAUCUAUUUCUUUCUAGAUUAAAUUUUCCAAAUGUUCAUGAAGUUUUUGAAUUGAUAAUGUCUUGAAGAGGGAGCAGCACUUAGCUGUAUCUUAGAUAUGUUCUUUAAGACAUUGUUGCUUGAUCUGUCAUUGCUAAAUUGGUUGGCUUUACUUCACAUGCUCAUGUUUCCUCAUCCCCAAUAAAUCACUGUACCUCAAACUGUUCAGAAUGAAAGUGCCUUGGACCUUGAGUAUGUAUCACAACCACUUAAUUUUCCAGGCCACAAUUACAAAACAAAGGACCAAAGACCUUAAACUUUGCUGCCAUAGGUCUAUAGAGAUCACUGAUUGAAGCAGGGCACAUGAUCGUUUUGUCUUAUUUCAGAUAUUGAUGAUGUAUUUGGAUAAAACUGUUUUAGUGAACAUUCUGAGCUGUGUAUUGUGUGCAGAAGACAACAUGCCAGAGGAUGCCAGAUCAGCAUUUCCUCCUGUUCACUUUAGUAUUCACUCUGUCACUAUAGACGUAGAUGCAAAGUGAUUUCCCUUUACACUUGCAGUGUAGUUGAAAGGCUGAAUUCUGAGCCAGGGUCUUGCUGCUAAGUAGCAGAGUAUAGCAUUUGGACAGACACACUCUGCUACCUUUCCUGCCAUAACGUUAAAUUUCAGUCCCACAGAUUUAGUGUGGAUGUAAAGGCAAAACUACUUCCCACUGCAGUUGAAACUUGUGUGAACAGAAGAAUUGAUAGAAAGUUUGUUGUAUCUGUGUUAUUAACUUGUAUUGGCCGCUGUUCUGUUACAUAGUGUUUCUGUAGUUCUUCCAGAAUAGAAAUGCAAUUGCCUCUGACAAGUUUAAAUCCACUUUUGGCACUAUACAUCUGAAGUGAUCCAGAAUUUCCUCCCAAAGUGUAUUUUAUAUGUCAGGGUAGCAGAAGUGUGUGUGAUGCUGCUAAACAUUUAUCAUGCACCCUUGAAGAAUAAACUGCUGCAGGUCUGAGAUGCCCUUGAACCACUAAGACCCAAGUGUGAGGGGAAUCUGAUCAUGAGCAACAUCAUCUCAACAGAAGUUUUAAAUUCCAAACUCCAUUACCACCAGUAAAUUAAAAAGCAUAAAGCAGAAAAUCUGUAGGCAACCUCAUGAAUGGAUGUUCUUGGAGUACUGACCUGUCCAGAAGAUUUUAUUUUGCUUGUUUUAAAAAAAAAAUUAAUUCCUCCUUUUAUUUCUCAGAAACAGGUGAUAUAACAAAAGAAAUCUAGCCUGAUUGCUUUGAUUAGCUUCAUAUUAGUCAUGAGGGGUGUUUAAGACUGUCCCUGUUCUAUGCCUGUAAUGCAGACUAAUUGAGGUUGAAAUGUGAAGCACAGGAAUUAAUUCAUAUCUUUUUAAAUUGAAAGCUAUGUUAAAAUGUUGUAUCUUUCAAACUGAGUUGGUGUCAGUUCGUUUCUUCAGACCAGUAAUGUUGAUUUCUGACUAAUGACAAGGAAACCAAGAGCCCAAGUUUUCAAAUUAAGUUUGUAUCACAUGGGUAGAAGUCAUUCUAAAGUGUGAAUUAGCUAGUUUAAGUGUAAUUGUUAUGAUUAACCUCUACAUUGGUGUUAAAGCAAGGGAUCAUGCCACAGAUUCAUUGGGAGCAUUUUAUUUCUAGUAUUUCAGCUGUUUACCUGGGACCAGACCAAUAAUUGAGAGUGCAGUUGCAGCUCUGGGAAUUAUUUUAAACUUGAUUCCAAUUUACCUGUUUGAAUCUGAAUCCUCCAAUUUAUGGAAUGUCAGUACAUAAUGAUUGCAUUUCAGGCAGUGGAACUGCUGCUCCCUCUUAGUGCCAGUUUCUUCUUGACUUGUGUCAUGUAUUUAAAAUUUAAUUAAUGAAUAAAGAAGCUGUAUUCUAAA